AUGGGAGAAACAAGAAAUACAGGAAUAAAAGAAACGGGAAAAACAGGAAGGAUAGAUACCACAAAAGUAAUUGAUCUUGAAGUUACGUCCUCUGAAGUCUCUACAACAAUAAUUCAACGUGAAUCAAGAUAUAAUGAUAAUUCAGAAACUGAAAAUGAUGAUGGUGAAUUAGAACUAGAAGUAAAUUACAAACUUGUUAUUAAACAAGCAGAUGGUACUGUUCUUCCAGCUAAAAACUAUUCAGUUACAGUUUCUGAAUUGGAUGAAUUUUUACUUGCAAUUCAGAAUAAUAUCGUGACUCUUCUUAAAGACGAAGAGAUCAAUGCUAAUGACUAUAAUGUUUCUUUUAAAUCAGAAAAAGCUCAAGGAGCUGGUACUUUAUUGGUAGAUAUGUGUGAUUUUAGGAAUUUUCAGUCAGAAUAUAUUAAACUUGCUGCAACAAAGAAGAUUAUACUUAUUCUUAUUACCAUGAAAAAAAAAGAAAAGACAGUUAAACGGAAAAAAAAGCUCAAUGGACUUGUGACAGUUAAAGAACCACCAACACAUCCUUCAUUUGCAUAUACUCGUCCACCAAAAAAUAGAACACAAUUUACUAUGCCUCAAUUUUCUAAUGAUAUACAAAAUUCCAUUAAUCCUUUUUUUUCUAAUCUUUUGCAAGCACUAGUUACGCCACAAUUUUUUCAACAAUCACCAUCACAAUUAUUACCUCAACAACCGUCAUUACAACCAUUUCAUCAGCAACCAUCUUUAUCUCAACAACCUUUACCUUCAAUGGCUGAAUUUUUGCAACAAAUAGAUAAAACAGAAGGAACAGAGGAUUAUUUUUUCAAAUUUUUAGAGGGAUUUGAAAAACAAAGAAUUAGAGUGAAGCAUUUAAGUAAAUUGAAUGAUACACAAUUUGAAACUUGCGGAGUAACUGCAAUUGGAGAUAUUGAAACUAUUAGAGAAGCAGUUCAAAAAUAUAACAAAUAA